AUGUCCGCGAUCAAGGACGCACUGGCCUCGGCCGCAGAGGCGCUUCACAUCUCCGGCGACAAGGACAAGAAGUCCAUCGGUGGUGGCGCUCCCGUCUACGUUGACGAAAAGGCCGGCAACGACGACUCUGCAGACGGCUCCAAGAGCUCGCCUUUCGCCACCCCAUUAGCCGCUCUCCUCGCAAAGGGCCAGGACGCUUCCGUCUUUGUCAAGAAGGCCGAUGCCACUCCAGGUCAAGACGGUGUCGAUGCAGACGGCUUCGCGCCCAUCUCGGCCUCGGCUGCCAAGAAGGUCAGCAAGCUCUACGCAACCGCCCUCAAGAAGAAGGAGAAGGCCAGCGAGCAAGCUGCCAAGGACGAGGCGCAGGCCGCCAACGACGAGAAGAGGCUCGAAGAGAGCAAAAUGGUCGUCCUCGAGCAGCCCUCCACCUCGGCCAAGAAGAUCAAGAUCAGCCAAGGCGCCAACUUCCGCGACCAGCGCGUCAAGAUCUCCGGCUGGGUCCACCGAUUGCGCUCCCAGAAGGAUUUGACCUUCAUCGUCCUUCGUGACGGCACCGGCUACCUCCAGGUCGUGCUCUCUGGCAAGCUUACCACCACCUACGACGCCCUCACCCUCACCACCGAGUCCACCGUCGAGAUCCAGGGUCAGCUCAAGGCUGUCCCCGAAGGCAAGACCGCUCCCGGUGGUCACGAGCUCGUCGCCGACUACUGGAAGUGCCUCGGCAAGGCUCCCGGUGGAGACGAGGCCUACACCAACGUCGUCGCAGAGACCGCAGACCCCAACAGCUUGGCCGACCGUCGUCACCUCGUCAUCCGUGGCGAGACCGCUUCCGCCGUCCUCAAGGUUCGCUCCGAAGUGCUCAAGGCCUUCCGCGCUGAAUACGACCACAUCGGCAUGACCGAAGUCACUCCCCCUUGCAUGGUCCAGACCCAGGUCGAAGGUGGUUCUACCCUGUUCAGCUUCGACUACUACGGCCAGCCCGCCUACCUCACCCAAAGUUCGCAGCUCUACCUCGAGACCUGCCUUCCCUCGCUCGGCGACGUCUUCUGCGUCCAAGAGUCGUUCCGCGCCGAAAAGUCGCACACCCGUAGACACUUGUCCGAAUACACCCACCUCGAAGGCGAGCUCGCCUUUAUCUCAUUCGACGAUCUUCUCGAGCACCUCGAACAGCUCAUCUGCGGCACCCUCUCGCGCGUGCUCGAAGAUCCAAAGACAAAGGCCCUGCUCGAUCAGCUCAACCCCAACUUCAAGAUGCCCUCGCGACCUUUCCGUCGCAUGGACUACAAGGAGGCCAUCCAGUGGCUCAACGACCACGACAUCCCCAACGAAGACGGUCAGCCGCACAAGAUUGGCGACGACAUCGCUGAGGCGGCGGAACGAAAGAUGACCGACGAGCUCAAUGUGCCCAUCUUCCUCUGCCGUUUCCCGCGCGAGAUCAAGUCGUUCUACAUGAAGCGUACCGAGGGUGACGAGGAGUUCACCGAUUCCGUGGAUGUGCUCAUGCCCGGUGUGGGAGAGAUCGUCGGUGGCAGUAUGAGGAUGGCCGACCAGCACGAGCUGUUGGAGGCGUACAAGAACGAGGGCAUCGACGCUGCGCCUUACUUCUGGUACACCGACCAGCGCAAGUACGGAACCUGUGAGCACGGCGGUUACGGCUUGGGUGUCGAGCGUUUCUUGGCGUGGCUCACCAACAGGUGGACCGUUCGUGAGGCUUCGUUGUACCCUAGAUGGACUGGUCGUUGCACUCCUUAG